AUGCAGCAGGUCACCUCGCUCACCAUCUCAUUGACAUCUUCUCAGGAUGUGGCAGUGCUGAACUGGCCUGGCUCUUCCGGGAGUGCCUGCCCUGGGGUUCCCACCUCCAGCCUGCCCCAUAACCGACUCUCCCAGCCCCAAACUCAGCCAAACCUGAGCGACGGGUUCUGCCCCCUAAAGGGUAACAGCUACACACGCUUGCCAGUGACACGGGAUAAAUCUAAUGAGUGCCAUGUUUCUGCAGAGUACUCCAAAAGAGUCUAUCAGGGUGUCAGAGUCAAGCAUACGGUCAAAGACCUUCUAGCGGAGAAGAGAUCCAGACAGACCAACGUGCCCAGAUACAGUGGAGGAACAAGCCCUUCUCAGCCUGCCUUUGUCCAGAUGCCAGGAUCCCAUGUGCUUCCUGGGUAUUACGGCAUGAGGAGGCCCUUCAUACCCGACUCCGACCUCUGCCACCCCAGCAAGCAGUUCCCAGCUGAGGUCUACCCCCCCUCGCUGGGGGGAAAACCCCUCUCCUGUGACCCCUCCUCCAUGACUGGCUACUCCUCCCUGAUUGAUAGCUACUACCCAGAAUCCUUUGGAGACUACCGCAGUGCGGCCUUCUCCUCCGGAGGCAGCUCCCUCUUCCCCUCCUCUGCCCUAUCCUCCCUGCUGCCUCCCUUCCCCGGAGACUCUCACUUCCUCCUGAGAGACACGUGGGACCAGCCUGGAACAGACUCUGUGGGCCAGGGGGAGGCGCUGUGCUCUGACAGCCUCGUCCCUGUGGCCAGCGUGGAGUCAGGGAGCCCCUCCCCCUACAGGACGUCCAGCCGGCCACCCGCCCUCUCCUCUCAGAGCUACUCCCUCCACUCCCUGGACGAGGUGCACUACUCCAACCCUUACCCCACCCCCUCCAGCUAUGCCUGCCCGACCUACAUGACUGCCCCCCACGAUCUGCCCUCCAAAUUACCCUCUCUCUCCAUGGAGGACUCCGACAGCACCUCCACCCCGCUCACUGACACCUCCUCCUGGCCCAAGGACGAGGGCUCUGGCCCUUGGUCAGCAUAUGAGAUUCGGAGGAGCUAUUGA